GAAGUAGAUGGUGAGGAAUUCAUUUGUUAAACAUGGCCUUCCAAUCUACUAUAUUCACCCUUGUCAUUGUGUGCUUAUUGUGCAUCACUAGCCUGCCCAUAUUUACAUCUGAGAUACCAAAGGAAAACAGUUUUGAGACCUACAUUGUCCAUGUUGAAGCACCUGAUGCACAUGUCUCGUCUCAAUCGGAAGAGCAACUGGAGAGUUGGUAUCGCUCUUUUCUCCCGGCUGAUGAGGCGUGUCUCGUUUACUCAUACCACCACGUGUUCAAGGGAUUUGCCGCUAGGCUUUCACUCGACCACGUGAAGGAUAUGGAGAAGAAGAAAGGGUUCAUCUCCGCGCGACCGCAGGAAUCGUUGUCCCUGCAUACAACACAUUCUCCCAACUUCUUGGGAUUGAGCCAGAAUGUGGGAUUCUGGAAAGACUCCAACUAUGGUAAAGAUGUGAUCAUUGGAGUGCUGGACACCGGAGUGCUUCCCGAGCAUCCUUCGUUCAGCGAUGAAGGAAUGCCGCCUCCCCCAGCUAAGUGGAAGGGGAAGUGCCAGUUCAACCACACAACAUGCAACAACAAAAUCAUUGGAGCAAGGUACUUUAACGCCGAGGACCAGAGCCCACUAGAUGAUAACGGUCAUGGCACUCACACCGCGAGCACUGCUGCCGGAAGAUUUGUGCAAGGCGCAAAUCUGUUUGGCAGCGCCAACGGCACUGCCUCUGGCAUUGCACCACUUGCACAUCUCGCCAUCUACAAAGUAUGCUGCGGCGAAAGUGACAGCCUUGCUGGAUUGGAUGCAGCGAUUGAAGAUGGAGUGGACGUGCUCUCCAUUUCUCUAAGCGCCAGAACAAGGGACUUCAUUCAAAAUUCUAUAGCAAUCGGCUCAUUUAGUGCGAUGGAGAAGGGCAUCCUCAUUAGCUGCUCGGCUGGAAACUCGGGCCCCUAUCACUUCUCUGUGGCAAACGGAGCACCUUGGAUUCUGACGGUAGGAGCAAGCACUAUAGACAGAACAUUGAGAGCUAAAGCAGUGCUGGGAAACAGCCAACAAUUUGAGGGCCAAUCAGCUUUUCAACCAACCAACUUUCCACCAAUGCUCUACCCUCUUGUUUAUGCAGGGAUGCUCAACGCUUCAAAUGAUUACGCGCCUUACUGCUUCAACGACUCACUAAGCCGAAGCGACAUCCAAGGGAAAAUAAUUGUGUGUGAAGUAGGUGAACAAUCACCUAUUAAAAUGGGUGAAGCAGUGAAGAGUAGUGGUGGUGCCGGCAUGAUUGUCUUAAACUCCAAGGAAGAUGCAAACACCACUUCAGCCGACGCCCACGUCCUUCCGGCCACAAACGUGGGCUAUGCAGACGGAUUGAAGAUCAAGGCCUACAUAAAUUCAACAACGAAGCCCACUGCCACUAUUUCCUUCCAAGGUACCGUGAUAGGCGACGACCGUGCACCAGUCGUCGCUUCAUUUUCUUCCAGGGGACCUAACGGUCCAAGCCCCGGAAUCUUAAAGCCUGACAUUCUCGGGCCUGGAGUGAAUAUCCUUGCAGCAUGGCCUACCUCACUCGAAAACAAACACAACACAAAAUCCAACUUCAACGUAAUCUCGGGUACCUCAAUGUCGUGCCCGCACCUGAGCGGCGUGGCAGCUCUGCUCAAAAGCGCGCAUCCUGACUGGUCGCCAGCUGCAAUCAAGUCGGCCAUCAUGACCACCGCGGAUGUGGUUAACCUCUCGCAUAAUCGAAUUGAAGACCAAGAGUUCCUCCCGGCCGACGUGUUUGCUACAGGGGCAGGCCAUGUCAAUCCGUCAAGAGCUAACGAUCCAGGACUCGUCUACGACAUCAAACCCGAAGACUACGUUCCCUACUUGUGCGGCUUGAACUACACGGACCGGCAAGUAGGAAUGUUUGUACGAAGGAGGGUGAAUUGCUCAGCGGAGUCGAGCAUAGCGGAAGCGCAGCUCAACUAUCCAUCAUUCUCUCUCAUUUUCAGCGGGAAAUCAACCUCGCAGGUUUACACUAGAAGUGUCACAAAUGUUGGCGACCCUGUCUCAUCUUACGACGUGGAAAUAUCCCCAUUGCGUGGAGUUGAUGUGCGUGUGGAGCCCACGACUCUCAAGUUCUCUGAGAUGAAGCAGAUAUUGGAGUACAAGGUUACGUUCAACCGACUUGAAUCUGCUCCCAAUUCGACCUUGCUUCAAGGAUACGUGAAAUGGACUUCUCCGAAUCGCUCUGUUAGGAGCCCUGUUGCACUUCUCCUGCUUUGAAUAUUGUUGAAAGUUGCAAUGAACCAUGUAUGAAUAUUCUAGUUAUAUCAAUAUUCUAGUUGCAAUA